AUGGCCUCGCAGCCGAGCCUCAAAGGCUGGCAGACCUGGGGCGGCCGGCACGUCUUUCUCUGCGACGGCCGCGUCAUGGUUGGACCGGACUGGGGCGUCACCUGCUUUGCUGUCGCGCUGACGACCGUGCUCAGCGUCGCCUUUUGGAUCUUUGUCUGCCCGACGCUGGCGGGCGCGCCGCUCGUGACGAGCGUCGGGAUGCUGCUGUAUGCGCUGACGCUGACGCUGCUCGUGGCGACCGCAACCGCGGACCCGGGCAUCCUGCCGCGUGCGCCCUACGUCGACGACGCCGAGUCGCUCGCCAACGCGUCCGCGGAGAGGUUUGUGCGUGGCGUGACGAUGCCGCUCAAGUGGUGCUCGACGUGCCGCAUCUGGAGGCCGCCGCGCGCGUCCCACUGCACCGAGUGCAACGUCUGCGUCGAGCGCUUCGACCACCACUGCCCCUGGACCGGCCAGUGCGUGGGGCUCCGCAACUACCGAUACUUCUUCGGCUUUGUGCUGUCCGUCUGCAGCCUCUGCGCGUACACGCUGGUCGUGUCGGCACUCUCCUUCCUGCACGCGCUCGCGGCGGCGCUCACCGACGCGACGAGCGGCGGCGACCGCGUCGGCGUCGCGCUCGACGAGCGGCCAGUGCCUGCCGCCCUCUCCAUCGCGACGGCGCUCAUCCUGCUCUGCGUGUGCCCGCUGCUGUGCUACCACUGCUCGCUGACGUGCCGCAACGCGACGACGUCGGAGGAGAUCAAGGGCACCUUCGCGGACAGAGCCAACCCGUUCGACCAGUCCUGCCCGGCCAACUGCAGGCACGUCUUGUGCAGACCGCUCCCGCCCUCCAGACUGCACCUGCGCUCCGCCGCCGCCGAGGAGCUCGGCGGGCCGAUGAUCCUGCGCAACGACGGCGGUGGCGGGGAGGGCGGUGGCGGCGUGGAGCUUCCCAUGGCGGCCGCCGACGAGGGGCCGCCGCCGCUGCGCACCGCCACCCUCCCCGGAUCAGAGGGCAAGCGCCGCCCCGCACGCGAGCAAAGCUCUCCGGACGACGUCCCGGUCUAG